UUUUUUUAGGUUAUCUUUAUUUUAUUUAUUAUUACUAAUUUUUAUCGACGUGGUGGAAAAGCAGAAGUUGUUUGAUAGACAUUAUUUAAUAUUUAUUAAUACCAGUAAUCAAUGGCUAGUGAUGAACACAAACAGUUAGCAGAAUAUGUAAAGGAUACACACAUAAAAUUAAGAAACGCAGCUGGAAAUAGUGGAUCAUAUUAUGCCUGGAAGGAGCACUGCAGCAACACACAUAAUUUAUUAAGAUAUGCUAAGUGUAUGGAAAGACUAGCUACAAAGUUCUGGGACGAAAGAAAUGCGAAUAAAGAAAGUUUAACCACUUGUCGAAUUAAGUGGUCAGCUGAUCUAUGUUAUAACUAUUAUAUUAAUAAAGACUAUAUCAAAUACAGAGAAAGAGAUUUACAAAUAAGUAAAAUACUUAAGAUAAUAUUAGAUAUUAAUGAGUGUUAUGUGGAACCUUUAAGGUUAUUAGAUGUUGGUAGUUGUUAUAAUCCAUUUCGAAACUUUAGUUUUUUAAAUGUUUUAGCAAUUGACUUGUGUCCAGCUAAUGAACAUGUAAAAAGUUGUGAUUUUAUUGAUGUUCAAAUUGGUGACAACACUAUAGUUGAGGAAAAUAUUGUCAAGAAAUUAAAGCAAAAUUCUUAUGAUAUUGUGACAUUCUGUUUUUUUCUUGAAUAUUUACCUGUUUCUGAAAUGAGAAUAGUAGCUUGUAGAAAUGCUUACAAUUUAUUGAAACCGGGUGGGCUAUUGAUAAUUAUUACUCCUGAUUCUAAACAUGUUGGUGCUAAUUCUAAGUUAAUUAAAUGUUGGCAAUAUACAUUGGCAUGCUUGGGAUUCACUAGGAUAAAAUAUGAAAAGAUGAGACAUAUGCAUUGUAUGGGAUUUAGAAAAGCUCUUGACAUGCAAAUAGCUGUCAGAUGGGCAACCCUCCAUAAAAAACCGAAUUUAGAAUUUUCCAUUAACAUACCUCAGGAUUUCCAGAGCUCAAUAGAAACAAAUGAAAAUAAUGAAAAAACUGCUGCUGAAGUUUCAAAUGAACACUUUAAGGAAUUGCCAUUUUAUAAUAUUAAUUAAAUAAAUGGAUAAUAAAACUAUUACUAUUCAAACUUUUUA